CUAGAGAAUGGAUAUGACUACGUCAAUAUCACAGAGGGGAGAAGAUCUUUGGGCGUCUGGUCUGGCAGUGAAAGCCCUCCACCACUUCAAUCCUUUGAAACGGAGCUCACCGUGACGAUGACUAGCGACCAUUCAAUUCAGAACACCGGAUUCUUGGCGAACUACUCAAGAAGAGGCAAUUCAGCAAACGAUAGAGCCGCAACUGAAUCGUGGUACUUUUGCACUUCAAACCUGGGUUCGGGACAACUUACUUCACCUGGCUACCCACAUGGCUAUCCGAGAACUUUGCGUUACACAUGGAUCAUCAUGCAACCUGAAGGUUGCACAAUUCAGCUGAAUUUUACUGACUUCAUGCUAGAAGAUCAAUUCGAUUUUGUGAGUGUACACAAUGUGUAUCGGUUUGAAGAGGGAAGCAGGCUGGGACAGUGGAGUAAUUUGCCUCCAUCGGUCAAGUCCACGAGUAGCCGUUUGCUGCUAGAAGAUCAAUUUCGAUUUUGUAGUGUACACAAUGUGUAUCGGUUUGAAGAGGGAAGCAGGCUGGGACAGUGGAGUAAUUUGCCUCCAUCGGUCAAGUCCACGAGUAGCCGUUUGCUGGUAGCCAUUAGGACAGAUGGUCCAGUUGCACGCAAGGGGUUUUCAGCAAACUAUAAUACAAGACGAGAGCGCGACCACCACUCCACGAACGCACUUUGGACGCGUCUGAAUUUUUACGUCCGAACAGGCAAACGUAUUCAAGCUUGA